AUGUCUGCUAGAGCAUCAGCAUUCUCCAUAGAUGCUAUUAUGACUACUACCACAAACACCGCUACGCCAAAUGAGAUCACACCAGUCAAAUCUUCAUUAUCCCAACAUAGUCCUGAAAGUCCAAAAGGACUUCGACGAAGUUGGUUAAGUAUUCAAGCCAUUGACGAUACACCAGCACUUCCUGCAAAGUCACUGAGACUUAACAUCUCUCAGGCAUCUCCUCUCACUCGACAUGACAACCAGUCUCUGCCUUCUGAAGCUCGGUUGAACAAGCGGAAAUCCGAGGAAAGCAUCACGCCAUCGUCCCACAGAGGCAACAAUUUUUCCUGCAGAACAUCAGGAGGAGCUGGUGAGUUAUCUCAGGCUCAAUGCCAUCUGGAAACUUGUGAACUCUGGCAAAAGUUCAAUGAACUUGGCACAGAGAUGAUCAUCACAAAAUCAGGAAGGCGUAUGUUUCCAGUGAUGAGGGUCUCCUUCACCGGCCUUAAACAGAACCAGAAGUACACCGUCCUGAUGGAUAUCGUUCCAGUUGACAACAAGCGCUAUCGUUAUGCAUAUCAUCGCUCAAGUUGGCUUGUUGCUGGUAAAGCUGAUCCUGAAACUGCCGAUCAACAUCGAAGACGCCGUGGAUGCUAUAUGCAUCCAGAUGCUCCUUUCACUGGUGAACAACUCACCCGACAAACCGUCUCAUUCGAAAAGCUCAAACUGACCAAUAACCUUCUUGACAAACACGGUUAUAUUAUACUUAACUCAAUGCACAAAUAUCAACCACGAAUCCAUCUGGUACGCCGUCCAAGAUGUGGAUUUUCACUUGAUGCUCUCCAUGCUCUACCCCCCGAUGAAAUCAAAACUUUUGAGUUCCCUGAAACUGUAUUUAUUGCUGUUACGGCCUACCAAAACCAACUGAUAACGAAAUUGAAAAUUGACUGCAACCCUUUCGCCAAGGGCUUUCGAGACUCCUCGCGUCUUUCUGAUUUCGAACGUGAAUCAGUGGAGAAUCUGCUGGCUUCACAACACACGGGAGGAAUGUUUUCAGCGUUGGCCUCAGGACACUACCGAUCACCUCCAAACCUCAACGCAAAUCAUUCCAACACCCUCCCACCCUCCAUCAAUUCAGCAUUUGCUCCAAUUACCGGCAAUCACACUAACCAUUCAAGCUCUAUAUCGAGUCUGAUGCAGCAUAUGCUGGGUUCGGCUUUAACCAAUCGAGAUAUUUUGCAAAAUCACAUCCUCCCCCCUAAUUCUCAUCCCAAUUCUCAUUCUCAUCCACUCCCAAUGACUCCCAAUUCUGCCAUGGCUAUGCUUGCCUAUCUCCAAUUGGUUCAUUCACUGGGCGGCCAGGAAAAUAACCAAUCAGAGUGGCCAGAAAGAGAUUCUGUUUCGUAA